AGUAUCGCAAGUCGCGUUUUCCACACACGAUUUUUUUAACGCUAAAUUUGUGCAAAGAUUUCAUAAAGUUAACGCUAAGUGAUUAAUUUAAAAAUAUAGAAUUUGUAAAAUUUAGAAUUUUGUGAAUUUUUUGCAAGUAAGCUGAUAAAAAUCGGGGCCGGGUAAGUGGGUAAAAAUUGGCAGGAAAAAAUCGUAUUUUUCGGUGUGUGGUGUGUGUGCGGGUAGAAAAAAACGCGCUGCUGUGGUGGGGAAUUCGAAUUGCCGCUGCUGCUGCUCUCGCCAUUUUGAGUCGAAUAAAAUUUUUCUGCCUCCAAUACGACAAAGGCAUAGACUGAAAAGGAGAUUCUGAAAAUAGAAGUCUCUAUAUUGCGGUCUUCCAAUAUUUGGAGACAUUUAAAUAAGUGGAAAGCGCCAAAAAGGUGUGAAAUUUCACCUUUCAGGCAUCUGCACUUAUACUCUUUUUCGCGGAUUAUCGUGAGAUAAUAUACUGCCUUUGCUGGUAGGCGAGUUUGAGGCGGGAAGAUAUCGAUAAUAAACAAUAAGCGGUCAGAAGAACUUAAAGCCACUACAGGAGCUCAAAGUCUGUAGUCUUGGCUUUUUACGGUGCGUAGGUGUCUGGACGGUGGAGUAGAAAUUGAACUGAUAAAAAAGCAAAAGACGAAGGAAAGACAACGUUAAAACGAAACGAAAAUGGCGCAUUCAAUAGCGACUACAGUCACAGCAACAACUUCAGCCGCUGCCGCAUCGGCGACAAGUGAAAUCAACUGUAUAAUCCAGGAUGUAAAUGGCAAACUUGUCAAGAUACUGAGUCCAAAGGAUAUAAAGCAGGAAACACUCGGUAACGCAAGUGGCAGUUCCCGUAACUCCAGCGCGGGCUCAUACACACAGGUGGCUACUUCAAGUCAACAACAAUAUUUGAGCCGAUAUAAUUUACAAAGUGGCGAUAGUAAUAACACAUAUACCGUUAUAUCAACUCAAAGCAGUGCCGGCAAACAUCAGCCGACAUUCACAGCGAUUAAGUACGAAACGCCUGACACGGUCACCAUCAAAACGGAGGAGCGUUAUACAAAAUAUACACCAAAUAAUAAUAUAAAAAUGAAAUCAAAACUACACAGCACUAGUAGCCCACAUUCUAAUUCGGCACGAAGGCAACGCAAGCCUGAAAAAGCGGGUAAAGGGUUGCGACAUUUUGCUCUUAAGGUUUGUGAAAAAGUCAAGGAAAAGGGUGUCACAACAUACAAUGAAGUGGCCGAUGAAUUGGUUGCCGAGGAACUACAUAUGAAUUCCAUAGAUUCAGCAAACUGUGAUCAAAAGAAUAUACGCCGGCGUGUUUAUGAUGCGCUCAACGUUCUUAUGGCCAUGGAAAUAAUAUCAAAAGACAAAAAGGAGAUACGUUGGAUAGGCUUGCCAUCAAACUCAGCUGAGCAAUGUUCUGAACUGGAAAGACAAAAUGAAGAGUGUCGCCAACGUAUACAACAGAAACAUCAACAACUAAAUGAGCUGUUGCUGCACCAAGUCGCUUUCAAGAGCUUAAUCGAACGCAAUAAGGAAGCGGAACGGCAAGGCAACGUGCCAACACCAAAUUCAUCCAUACAGCUACCCUUUAUCAUAGUUAAUACGCACAAAUCAACAAAAAUUAAUUGCAGCGUUACGAAUGACAAAUCCGAGUACAUUUUCAAAUUUGAUGAUCAAUUCGAGAUGCACGAUGACGCCCAAGUACUGAAACGCAUGGGAUUACUUGGAGGUUUGGACAAAGGCGAGUGCUCACACGAAGACAUCGAACGAGCAAAAAAUUUGGUACCACCGAAUUUCGAGAAGUACAUAGAAGCUUAUGGCAAUGGCAAAGGUUUGGCAUGUGACUCGGAUGACGAUACCAUGAGUGGCUAUGCUGAACUUACGAAUGAGUCGUCAUCACAUGGUUAUUCUCGUGGUAAUGGUCGUGGUUGUGCUAAAACUGGUGAUGAUGACGAUGACGAUGAAGAUUUUAAUAGCGAUAUUGAUUGAGGCGAAUUCAUGGUUGCGUACAAUAACAGCAACAAUACAUACAACUACAAAAUAAACAGCUGCAACAGCAACAAUAACAAUAAUCUAUGUUUAUAUAACAAAAACACAACAAACGAAGGAUUUUCUGUCGGCGGUGUUGGCCCAAUUUCCGAAAUAGACCAACAGACAUUACCACCAGCCCAUCUCAACCGCUUACCUACUACAUCCAAUGGUGUAAGCACAACGAUCACCGAAGCCAGCAGUCACUCAACAGAGGACUCCUUCAGUUUCUCAUUUAUUUCGGCCUUAUUAGGUUUGCAUUAAAUCGGGAGCAAAGUGUCGAAAAAGAACUUAGUUACACUAACAUUUAUUUAGAUGUCAAUUUGUUUAUUAAUUUAAGCGAUGACAGCGGCUGUAUAUUACGACUAAAGUAGCUUGAAUGUACUUGUAUGUUGCCGUACUCUGCUAAGGAAUGUAAGGCAAAGCCUUUUAACCAUUUAAUAGACUUUUGCUUUUCAAUAUUAUUAUUUAAAUUUCUACACUGUGGAGAAUUUGUUAGGCUUAAUUUAGUUUUUUGUUUUUGCAUUUCAAUUUGCAAAUUUGUAUUGAAUUUUUAACGUGCAUAAGACUUUUUCAGAAAAGGGGUGUGAUUUAAAAUGUGAUGAUUUGUGAAAGUUGUGCAUGAAUUCGAUUAUAUAAAUAUAAAAAAAUUAUAUUCAAAAUGUUUAGUAAAAUAACAAAUUAAAUAUUUUAGCGCUUAUGCAAAAAAAAA